AUGAUGACGAUCAUCGGGACUACGGAAGAUGAUAUAAUCGUUGAUCAAGUAACGUCUCAGGACACUGUUGAUGACUUUGAGCUUGGUAAGGACGAAGUGGUUGAUGUUAAAGACAAAGAGAUUAAACCUGUUAAUCCAUGCUGCAAAGGCAAAAAGCUUCGUGUUCUAGAUAUUGAUUACACUUUGUUUGAUCACCAUCUUCAUGAGUUUCUUACUGCUGCGUAUGCAGAAUAUGAUAUCAUUUUAUGGUCUGCUACUAGCAUGAAAUGCGUUGAGUUAAAGAUGGGAGAACUUGGCGUGCUGAACAAUCCAAACUACAAGAUCACAGGCCUUCUUGACCAUCUAGCCAUGAUCACAUCCUACAUCGCCCAAAACACUAUAAUGUUCAAUGAUCUGCGGAGGAAUUUUGUGAUGAACCCUCAAAACGGUCUUAAAAUCAGGCCGUUCAGAAAAGCUCACGUGAACCGAGACAAGGAUGAUGAGCUUAUAAUGCUGACUCAGUACCUUCUGGCGAUAGCAGAGCUUGAUGAUUUGAGCUCUCUGGAUCAUAGCAGAUGGGAGACAUUCACAGAAGAUAACGUCAAAAGACGCAGGCACACAUAA